AUGCGACAGUUCUCGUCCCCGCCUUGUGCUUCCUUUGGCCUGUCUAAUCUUCCCGUUCGUUCAAGAAAUGUUCUUACUUUAUUUGUUGAUCUCAGGAGGUCCUAUUCAGGGACUUGCUUUCGGUCCGUGAAGAGAAAGUUUGAUGAGUUUGAGGAAUUGGUUUUGCCCAACGUUGCUCGAGUCGAAAUUGAGAAUGAGCGGGAUGCAUUACGUGAGAUGGUUGACAACCAGCAAAAAACUAUAAAAGAACUUACCCGCGAACUGGAGGAGGAGAGGAAUGCUUCAUCUUCAGCCGCGAAUGAGGCCAUGUCAAUGAUUUUAAGGUUGCAGAGGGAGAAGGCGGAGAUUGAGAUGGAGGCCCGACAAUUUAAGCGAUUUACAGAGGAAAAGAAUGCACAUGAUCAGCGGGAGAUGUCGGAGAUGGAGGAUAUGUUGUACAAAAAGGAGCAAACUAUUCAAUCUCUACAAUGUGAGGUUCAAGCUUAUAAACAUAGGAUGAUGAGUUUCGGGCUUACAGAAUCCGAGGCAGACGGCGAGGUAGACGCCGAAAGUCAUAAAGAUGAUUCCCCCACUGCACGUGUUCGCCAGUUUGAACCGGAACCACCCACUUUGGAUUACCCACCUCUCAACUCAAAUUCAUUCUUCACAGUUAAAGAACUGGGUCAAGAUUUCACCCACGAAUCGCCAAGGCCUUAUGGGAGUUUCAGGAAGAUGGACUACUCGCAAACGGAGGACUACUCUUCCAAUUUGAGGAAAGUGGACGAUGCAUCCGACGUUGGGGAUGACAUGAGCGACCGAGUGUAUACCAUUGAUUCUAUCUACGAAGGAAUGCAGUAUAACAGUAACAAAGAGAGCAAGAAUUCUGUUGUGGGAUUUGAAGAUUAUUUAACAACUCCAAGAGAUUUCAUGAACGUAGCAGACAUAGGAGACCCAGAUGUGAGGAAGUUGUACAUGAAGCUUCAGGCACUUGAAGCUGAUAGAGAGUCAAUGCGGCAGGCUAUUAUUUCUACGAGGACCGAUAAAGCUCAACUAGUAUUGUUGAAGGAAAUAGCUCAACAUUUCUGUAAAGAAAUGUCAACGACGGCAAAUAAAAUAAAUCAUGUUAAACGCGUCAAAGUUAAUAGCUAA